AUGGCCACCAGCAGCCCCGUCCCUUUGGUCUCGCAGGUGCAGCGCAAGCCACAGACAUUCACCCCAAGCCCAUGGGGUGACUUCUUCCUCCGGCACAUCCCAUGCACUCCAUCAAAGCUCUUGGCAAUGAAGGAGAGGGCACAGAGAAAGAAGGAAGAAGUGAGGCAGAUUAUACUUGAAACCGUUGCCUCCUCCAACCUGGUACGGAAGCUGGAGCUCGUUGACACGCUGCAACGGAUCGGGGUGGACUACCACUACAAGGAGGAGAUCGAUGAUUUGCUUCGCUCUGUCUACGACGACAAGGAUGGAGGCUCUGACAAUCUCUACAUCACCUCACUGAGAUUCUAUUUGCUCAGGAAGCAUGGGUACGGAGUCUCUUCGGAUGUGUUUGAGAAAUUCAGGGAUGAGCAAGGGAGCAUUUCAAAGCAACAAGACGAGGUCCAGUGCACUUUGGAAACACCUCGGUUCAGGCGGGUCAAGAGAGUGGAGACAAGGCGCUACAUCUCAGUAUAUGAGAAGAAGGCUACACGGGAUGCGACCAUACUGGAGUUUGCAAAACUAGACUACAACAUCUUGCAAGCUAUCUACUGUGAUGAGUUGAAAGAACUUACAGCAUGGUGGAAGGAUUUCCAAUCACGAAUAGAUCUGUGCUUUACAAGGGACAGAAUGGUGGAGCUGCAUUUUUGGAUGCUCGGAGUGCUUUUUGAGCCUUAUCACUCAUAUCCACGGCAAAUGAUGACAAAGUUUUUCAUAAUCAUGACCUUAAUUGAUGACCUUUAUGACAACUACGGCACCACAGAGGAGAGCGAUAUCUUCACUGCGGCCAUGGAAAGGUGGGAUGAAGAAAUCACAGAACAGCUUCCAACAUACAUAAAGGCACUCUUCAUCAACAUACGUAACACUACAAAUAUGAUCGAGGAGGAGUUAAGACACAAGAAAAACAAGCAUGCUGAAUUGUUCAAGAAACUGGUGAUUGACAUGGCUAAAAACUACCAUGCUGAGGUGAAAUGGCGAGAUGAACAUUUCAUUCCAACCAAUGUUGAAGAGCACCUCCAAAUUUCCUUGCCUAGCAGUGGUUGUAUGCAUAUGACAAAUCUUGGGUUUAUUUCAUUGGGAGAUGUGACUACUAAGGAGGAUGUUGAGUGGGCUCUCACCUUUCCAAAAAUCAUUAGAGGUGUCUGUAUCGUGGGGCGUGUCGGCAAUGACAUCGUGUCGCAUGAGCGUGAACAAGCUAAGGAGCAUGUGGUAUCCACAGUGCAAACUUACAUGAACCAAUAUGAGGUGACAGUAGAGGAAGCCAACAAGAUGCUUAAAGUUAUAAUUGAAGAAGCAUGGAUGGAUAUUGUUGAAGAAUGCAUCGAGCACAAACGUCCUAUGGCACUUUUAGAGGUAGCAGUCAAUGUUGCCCGAACAAUGGAUUUCAUGUACAAGAGUGAAGACGCAUUCACCCUUUCAUUUAGCCUCAAGAACACUAUAGCUUCAAUAUAUGUCAACUCCGUGUGA